GCGGAUUAUCCACCUAAGACUUUCGUCUGCAUGAAUCGUAUCGACAUCGCCCUCCUUUGAAUUUAAAAUUAAAAUGCGAAGAAGGGCCAUUCGUUCGGGCAAUCCGUCCCUCUUCCGCGGUUCCCGUCCCUCGCGAUGUCCCGGAUCGGACCGCCGCCGUCCAAGAUGCUGCAAGCGCUCGCCUCGGCCCCGCCCGCGCACGUGACCAUCCAUCUGUCCCGUGCCGGCGCCGGCGCCGCCUCGCUCCCUCUUCGCCGUCCGCCGCCGGCCUUCCCGGUCUCCCGGCCGACGCCGACGCCCCUCCGGCCGCUGUCCACCGCGAGGGGCUUACGCGCGCCGUCGGCAUUGCUUGAUCUCAAAGGUGGCACAGGAAUGAGUGGGUUCAUCGAUGUGGAGCUCAAGGUCCGUGACUAUGAAUUGGAUCAGUAUGGCGUGGUGAACAAUGCAGUCUACGCGAGCUACUGUCAACAUGGUCGACAUGAGCUUCUGGAAAUGAUUGGUGUAAGUGCUGAUGCUGUGGCCAGAACUGGUAAUGCAUUGGCAUUAUCAGAGUUGUCACUCAAAUUUCUCGCUCCUCUAAAAAGUGGGGACAGGUUCAUUGUAAAGGUGAGGGUCUCUAACUCAUCAGCCGCUCGCUUAUACUUUGAGCACUUCAUUUUCAGGCUGCCAAAUGACGAGCCUAUUUUGGAAGCAAAGGCUACAGCUGUAUGGCUUGACAAGAACUAUCGUCCUAUCCGUAUUCCACCAGAAAUUAGAUCUAAGUUUGUCCAAUUCGUUGUAAUGAGGAGGCCAACUGAUGUGCAGAAGGAGUUGGUGAUAGAAUACUUGGUGUAAGACCCUCCCUUUUGCUGAGUCCCCUUGUUUGAGCUUAAAUCAUGAAGACAGACACAGAAGGGGAAAGAGAAGCUACUAGAAUUACUUCUAGGACAGACAUCCACGAGGAAGAAUCCUUGCACAUGUCAAUUGAGCUCUGUCCUUCCACACAAGCAGCUCAUAGAAUUCAAUUAUGUUUGGAGUGUAUGAUCUAGUCCACCAUUCUGAACUCCUGUAUUUGGGCAUCUGUGGGAAUCAACCAAUUAACUGUAAACGGUAUCUGUUCAUUAAAUGACACAUGAGGGAAUUCUAACUGUUUGCUAUGCACCACUUGUAGAUAUUACUGAUUAAUGUACAUGGAAAAUUUCCUGGCA